AUGACAGCUAUCAAUUCCAACGAUCAACCCUCCAUUGAAGGCUUGAAAGGCCAUACUUACGAUGCUGGCUCAGAACCUCCCCCGUUUGGCCACGCGCUCAAGCACUUUUGGGCAUUCGACGCAGGAUAUGUGAAUCUUAACCAUGGUUCAUACGGAUCUCAGCCUCUUCCGGUUAUUUUUGCAAGUACCAAAAUCACAAUGCUCGCAGAAAGGAAUCCAGAUAAGUUCCACCGCGUUACCUAUAUGCCCAUGUUGAAGGAAGCGAGAGGCCGUGUCGCCAAUUUGAUUGGUGCCGAACUCGACGAGGUGGUCUUAGUCCCCAACGCGACGCACGGUAUCAAUACGGUGCUCAGAAACUUUGAGUGGAAGGAGAGCGAUGUGAUGCUUGGAGCGUCGACGACCUACGGCGCUGUUUCUCGCACAUUGCAGUACCUCAGUGAUCGCUCCGAACAGCCUCGACCGACAGUGCACACUAUCGCAUAUACCUUCCCCAUGACGCAUGUGGAGAUAGUCGACCGAUUCCGCGCCCGCAUUAGAGAGAUUAAACAGCUGUAUCCCGACGUAGAUUUCAGCGAUGCACCGUCGGACGCCGUGGUGCCCGAAGGGUGUAAGAAGAAGAACAAAUUUGUCGCGGUUAUUGAUAGCUUAACGUCGAACCCGGGUGUGCUACUUCCCUGGAAGGAAAUGGUGCGUGUCUGUAAGGAAGAAGGCGUGUGGAGCCUUGUUGACGGCGCACAUAGUAUCGGACAAGAGGUCGAUAUUAACCUCCGGGAAGCCAAACCAGACUUCUUCAUCUCCAACUGCCACAAGUGGCUCUACGUGAAGCGCGGAUGUGCUGUUCUAUAUGUGCCCAAACGAAACCAACACAUCAUCAAGUCGUCUCUCCCGACCUCCCACGAAUAUGUAUCACCUCACGAUCCACCUCGACCGUGGUUAAGCAUCGACGGUACUAACUUCGUUGGACAGCACGAAUGGACGGGAACUAUGGAUCAGACGCCGUUUUUGAGUGUCGGAGCAGCCCUUGACUUUCGUGAGUGGCUCGGAGGAGAGGCCAAGAUUAAUGCAUACUGUCACGAUCUCGCCGUCAAGGGAGGACAAAGGCUGGCAGAGGUUCUCGGUACGAAGGUCAUGGAUGAGAGCGGAGAGUUGACCUUGAACAUGACAAAUGUGCUGUUGCCGUUGCCUGUCGAGAGCUCUCCUUUGGAUGUAUAUACACCUGAAAUACUCGCCAGCAUUCAUGCUCUUCUGAUCGAGAGGCUGUUGUCCGAGUGGAACACUUACGCGGCGUACUAUUUCCAUGGGGGUGCAUGGUGGUGCAGAUGCAGUGCACAGGUCUGGAAUGAGUUGUCUGACUUCGAAUACGCUGGCAAGGCUUUCAGUGCAAUCUGUGAGGAGGUGAGGCGGACGAUUCUGUCGAAUGGGGACUUCAGUCGAACUGUGCAGACGCGGUUACCAGCGGGGAAAUCUUUGUAA